AUGUCACUGCCCACAAUAACACUGCUAACCCUUCUUUCUACCACGGUCCUAAGCAAGGAGCUGUCCUGGUGUGAUCCAGAACUAUGUUCUGACGGACGCGCCCAUGUGGCCUGCAAUAACAACGGCGAGUUCCAUGAGAACUGCUCGCCCGACGCCGCCAUGAUCAAUCUGCGACCCUACCGCAAGUUUAUACUUCACGAGCACAACAAGCGUCGCAACUUUAUUGCCUCUGGAGAGCUGAUGGGAUAUUAUCCAGCCGCACGCAUGGCAACGAUGAAGUGGGAUGAGGAGCUGGAGUACUUGGCGACCAUGAAUUUGAAGACCUGCUAUUUGGAGCACGACGAUUGCAAUAACUCGUACCGCUUUCGCAAUGUAGGUCAGAACUUGUCGGGCGUCGAUCGGUAUCGCAAUUGGCAGCUAAAUGUGACCAACAUUGUGGAGCAGUCAAUGGGCUUGUGGUUCGGCGAGUAUCCGCUCAUCGACAGCAGCUACAUAACCAAGUUCCGUGUGGCCAGCCAUCUAGACAAAUACGGCCAUUUUGCGGAGACGGUCGUCGAUCGGAAUACACAUGUCGGCUGCGCGAUGAUGCGUUUUACCAAUCCCGACUACCCCUUUCUCUACAUAUACAAUACGGCCUGCAACUACGCCAGCACAUAUGCCAUCGGUGUGCCCGUCUAUAGGUUGGGCGAACCAACAUCGGAAUGCAAAACGGGCGCCAAUCCCCUUUACCCAGCCCUUUGCUCCACAAACGAGCAAUAUAAUCCCAAUUACAAUGAUUAG